AUGGUUCCACAGAGAAAUAAUUGUAUUAUAGCUCUAGUAGUGAUAUGUUUAUGGAUAAUUGGUAUUAUGAUACAUCGGAAAAAAAUAAAAAGAGUUAUAGAAAGAGAUAGAAUAAAAAUUACGGAGGAAAUUGAAAUAAAAAAUAAUGAAAUUGAAAAAGGAAAAGAUGAAAGGGAAGUAAAAAACGUUAAUGAAAAUGAAAGAAUUAGGGAAGAGAUGUUAAAUUUAAAGGAUGAAAUAUGGAAAAUCUUAAAUGAAAAUAUGAUAGAAGGAAUGAGGAAAAAAAUAGAGAUUAAAGAUGAAAAUGGAAUAAGAGAUAAUAAACGAAAUAAUUAUAGUCAUGGAGAAAAUUGUGAGAGAAGGUAUAAUGAAAGGGAUUUCAAAAGAGAUGAUCGAAGAAAUGAUAAGGAAUACGAUCAUUUUAAAGAGUAUAAUACGUCAAUGAAUUUGCAGAGAAAUGAAAGGGAAAAUUGGGAAAAAGAAAAUUUUUUCCGAAAUAGAUUUAAUCGUCCUAAGAUUAAUAUGCAAAAUGUAAAAUGCUAUUCAUGUGGAGAAUUUGGGCAUAUAGGUAGAAAUUGUGUUCAGAACGGUGCAAUGUUUAACAAGCAACCGAUUAAAUGUAAUAGAUGUGGAGGAAUGGGACAUAGUAGUGAAAAAUGUUAUGUUGCGACUUAUCGUAUUAUGGGAAAUAAUCAAAGAACAUUUCAAUGUGAAAGAUGUGGAAAAAUGGGACAUGCUAAAGAGAAUUGUUAUGUAAAAGAACCGAUAAAUGGGGAAGCAUUUCCGGCAGUGAAAUACAUAGCACCGGCAUCUAAUGUAAGAGUGCUACAGAAUAAUGAUAUGUUGAAAGAAGAUAAAGUUGAAAGAAGAUAA